AUGGAAUUUGGAGGUUCAUUGAAGGCAUACAACGCGAGGUACUGGGAAACCUACAACGAAAUCCUCGACUGCCCUACCAAUCUGGCGAUCACUCAAUACAAGAGGGGUCUUCCAGUCGGACAUAGAUUGCGAGACUCACUCACGAUGCAUCAGCCUAUAACCAUGGAGUCUUUGAUGCAGCGGAUCAAUGAGCACAUUCGUGUGAAGGAUGAUGCCGCCUCUGCGACCGAGAAAGCUAAUCCGGUCGCGACCGACAGAAAGGUCGCGGAGAAGGUUCACUCGGUCGGGCAGGAGGAUAACCGCCCAAACGACCGGUCAAAAGAUCAACGUUGUGGUUCAAACCGUGACGAUAGAAACAAAGGUCGCAGAAACGAUCGGGCUGACGCUCCCCGCGAUGCAGAGAAGGAUGCCAAGAGAAAGUUGAAGGCACGAACCGGAAUCACCAUGGUCUUCAAAAUCCCUAUCUACUGCAUCUUGAAGGACUGCUUGCCACUCAAACAACACUUUGAGGAGUUGGUGGCGGCGGGGCAUCUUGACCAGUACAUAGAUGGGGGCAUGAAAGCUGCCCCGCAGGGACAGACUGAGCCAAACGGCCUGGCUGCCCUUGAGGCAGCGCCCCAAGGCGUGAUCAAUGUCAUCUAUGGCAUCGUUGAACCAGCCAGGGUCUGCGAGCUAAGAGGGAUGAUUAAGAAAGCCAAGCACAUGAGGGAAGUGCUCUCCGUUCAGCCCGCUGUGAAGAAAGGAAAGACUGAAGAGAAGGACAUCCUUACCUUUUCGAGCAGGGAUUUGGAGCGGAUCCAGAUGCCCCACAAUGAUGCCCUAGUGGGGAGUUCGGUCAAAAUCAUGUAUUAUGACGUGUUCAAACGAAUUAAGUUAGAUGACAAGGACUUGGCCCCUGCGACGACUCCGUUGGUUGGGUUCAACUCUCAGCCGGAAUGGCCAGUAGGGAAGAUCAUAUUGCCGGUCAAAGCGGGUUCAGUCAUAAAGCAAGUGGAGUUCUGGGUGCUCAAAGUCCCAUCCACCUACAACUUGAUUUUGGGCAGGGGAUGA